UAGUGGCUGGGCUGCCGCCGCCGUGGGAGUCGAAUCUCUGCUGCGUCUGCCUCCAUCCCUCCUCCAGCAUGGACGAGACCAGCCCGCUCCGCUCCCCGUUCCAGCAGCCGCCCGACAGCUACCUGUCCACGGCGCAGCUGGCGCAGCCUCCGUCGCCGGCGGUUCCCUCAGCGCCGGGCCCGGCCUUCGGGCCUCGGCUGUCGGGCGGGGGUCCGGGCGCGGGGGUGCGGGUGCCGGGCCCGGGCCUGGGCCCGUCGCCGCCCGGGUCGCCGGGGGCGGGCCGCGAGCGCGAGCGGCAGCCGUUGCUGGGCCCGCGCGCCCACAACGAGUUCCCGGACGAGCCCGAGUUCGCCGAGGUGGUGCGGCGGGCCGAGCAGGCGCAGGAGCUGGGCAUCCACCCGCAGCGCAUCAGCCAGGGCUCCAGCGGCAGCUACUUCAUCCGCGACCCGUCGGGGGACAUUAUAGGUGUUUUUAAACCUAAAAACGAGGAACCAUAUGGACACCUGAAUCCCAAAUGGACCAAAUGGCUGCAGAAGCUGUGUUGUCCGUGUUGCUUCGGCAGAGACUGCCUCGUUCUCAAUCAGGGCUACCUCUCUGAGGCUGGGGCCAGCUUGGUGGACCAGAAACUGGGACUUAACAUAGUACCAAGGACUAAGGUGGUACGCUUAGCAAGUGAAACUUUCAAUUACAGUGCGAUUGACCGGGUGAAAUCCCGGGGAAAGAAGCUGGCACUCGAGAAAGUGCCGAAAGUGGGACAGCGGUUUCACCGGAUAGGCCUACCUCCCAAGGUCGGUUCCUUCCAGUUGUUUGUUGAGGGUUAUAGAGAUGCGGAUUAUUGGUUGCGCAGGUUUGAGGCAGAGCCUUUGCCUGAGAAGACAAAUCGACAACUGCAACUCCAGUUUGAGAGGCUGGUGGUGCUGGAUUACAUCAUCAGAAACACAGAUCGUGGUAAUGAUAACUGGCUGAUUAAAUAUGACUGUCCGAUGGAUGGGGCUAGUUUGAAGGAUGCUGACUGGGUUGUAGUGAAAGAACCUAUUAUAAAGAUUGCUGCAAUAGACAAUGGAUUGGCAUUCCCUCUGAAACACCCAGACUCCUGGCGGGCAUAUCCCUUUUACUGGGCCUGGCUACCUCAAGCAAAGAUACCAUUUUCCCAGGAAAUUAAGGACCUCGUUCUUCCGAAGAUUUCUGACCCAAACUUCAUAAAAGAUUUAGAAGAGGAUCUUUAUGACCUCUUUAAGGAAGAUCCUGGUUUUGAUCGAGGACAGUUCUACAAACAAAUUUCUGUCAUGAGAGGGCAGAUUUUAAAUCUCACGCAGGCUCUGAAGGAUGGGAAGUCACCCCUGUUGCUCAUUCACAUCCCACCCGUCAUUGUUGAAACAACGCGAAGCCACCAUCGUAGCAGUGACUUGUAUACACAAAGCUUCCAGAGCAGAAAACCUUUUUUUACGUGGUGGUAGCAUGGCCGAAUAUAGGGAGAGAAACCCUGUUACAUGCACUGAUUGACGGUCCCGAUAAUUCGCAUCUCCUCUGCUCUUUGCUGAUGAGGACUCAGUGGACUCACUUCACGUGUGGAGAGCGAGAGAGGUCAGCUUUGUCUGUUGUCCUAUGUAUGACCAUUGCACAAGAUGCCACUACAUCUCUAAGGAAUGGUGAAUGAAGGGGAUUCUUCUGGGCAAUUUGCACUUAAUUCAAGCACCCUUCCCUGAAAUUAUCCAUUGUUCCUCAAUUCCUCUGAUGGCUCAGAUGCUUGGAUACCACUGGACUCUGUAAUGCUGCUUCUGUUGAGCUAAUUUAUGAUGUUUUGGGCACAGAAUUCUGUUGGUCUGUCUUAUCUCUGCCCUUUUCACUGAGCCCCAAAACUGAAAGUUUUUUCUGCACUAAAAUGAUAUUGGUUCAAAUUGCAACCUAGUGCACUUCAUGAUGAAAUAGGUUCAAGCUAGAGCUGGAAUAAUCUGCAAUCAUGGUCCAUCCCAUUCCACUUUGCAGUGUAUUUCUGCUUUUACAGAGGAAAGUGCAUGUAGGAUAAAGGAGAGCUGCGGAUACAAGAAGUGAUCAUGCUGUACUUGUGAAGAAAAUCUGUCAUCAACCUCUGUUCAGCUGGCGUGUGGGAAGGUAGCUGCACAAUCACUUAAUCUCUCCACCCGCUUGCAACAAUCUGAAUCCCAGCCAGGUUAAAAUGUUUCUCAGUGCUGGGUUUGGAACCCUUUGGCCUUAAAUCUACAGCAUGAGUUAGCGGUUCUAUAGAUAAAAAUUGCACCCAUGGCACCCUCCUCUUGCCCUCUUCCCCGACCUUCUAUUUUAUUACAUUGUACAUGUCCUAUCAGGGGAAGGGAUGUGCAUGUAAAAUGGUAUUCAGUCUACAUAGUUUGAUUGUGAUCAAGGAGUAAUCUAACUGUAAUCAGAAGCUAAUAUAGCAUGUAUAUAUUAUACAUAUAUAUAUAAAAGCCAAAAUAAUGGUUAAUGCAAAAACUUUGCACAAGGGUCCUGUAACUGCCCACUGUUUCUAGUGCACCACCUCUUGGCUUUAGUGGUUUUUAUCUUGCUGUGACUGAAGUAUGCUCAGCAGAUUCCUAUUCAGGUGGCAAAUAUUCCUCUUUGCCAAUCUUUCUGCCUAACAGGAUGCUUUUUUCUUUUGCUUUUCCAAACUUCAGUUUACUUUUUGGAGCACUGAUGCCAGAGCAAGAGGAGGCGAUUCAGAUCUUUUAAAUUGUCAGCUCUUUGGGUGCCCAGGUGCUGGAUUGUGGAGAUCAGUGUCCUUUUCUUCAUUUUCCCUCUCUCCCUGCCUUCUAGUUGGGUAGGAGGUGAGGGGGGUGGAGUAGAUGGGAUUGCCAGAUAUUGAGCAGAGGGGAUGUCGACUGUAUUUGAAGAGAAGUGAUGUUCUAUUUAGGUAAUCUGAUGGUCUCUUUGUUUAAGUAAUCUGUUCCUCUUGCUUGGUCAGCUUCCUCAUCCCUCUGCUUGUCACAGACAGCAAGGUUUAAAGACUCUAAUAUUCUGUGUCAUUGUAACCAUGAAAUGAUCACUGCACAAGAGGAGAUAAUGACCUUGAUAUUUUUUAAAUGGUUAACGUGAGAAACAAGCUGCUUGGGCAUUGUUUGAAUUAUGGACACAUCCUUGUAGCUAGACUCUUUUCUGGUUUGAUUGAAAAACUGGCUUACCUGUAUCCAAUAUAUUUAAACAACAAUUGAAAUGGUGCCCAUACCCUACAUUCCUCUUGUGGUGAACCAGAAGUACUCCGAUUCCAGGGAGGCAUAUUUACCUUGUUGCCCUUAACAUCACCCAUUCCUGACUUGGAGAGGGAGUAUGAGGGAAAGAAAUGGUAUCUGUGAUAGCCUUUGUCAGAUUCAGGAUUGAGACAUACAUAUUAAAGCUGCUGCGGUCUAUACAGUUAUUUCAGGAGUUGCAACUGGUCUGGAAUGUAUGCUUCCCUCGUCCAGUGAUUAUUAACACUCAAUCCCGCAUCAUUACAGAACCCACUCCCUAAUUAUUAUUGAGAAAGGAUGGGGCCAGGUAUGUGAUGUACUUUCUAAAUUUGCAUUGAUAGUGAACUUCAGUCGAGGUUGAAGGCAGGUAGUCAACAUUUGAAAGCUUUUCUGUUUUUUGAAAUGUUUUGUCAGCCACGUUUAAAGAAAUAUUCUAUUAAAGUGAGGCAGUCACGAAAGUUGUAGGGCAAACUAUACACUCCUUUUCCAUUGUCAUUGGCUACUUUAAAUAUUAGGGCUGCAUUGAUGUAGCAAUUACGUUACCUCCUUAUUGUAGGGCCUAGUGUGUUGCUCAGUGAGAAUAUGUAGUAUACCUUUCACUCAGAGUAGACCUAAUUAACGUGGGAACACAAGUCGUCUUUGCAUAUUACCCAAUCCUUUUUGUCUUUGUCAGUGAAAAACGAACCUCCUUUAAUUUGAUGUGGCCACAUGAAUACUUUAAGGAAGAAAAACUAUGCAAUAGAUGAGUGGGAUUUUCAUAAUGUACCAGCUUUUUUUGUCGGUGAUACAAGCUUUUCCAUCCCAUCUCUCCCAGCCUUUCCACAUUAAAGGUGAAAGGGAAUGUGGGUGUUCAUUUUUUUUUUUGUUUAUCAAAGGAGGCUGUUGGAGAUGGGAGAACCAAAACCGGUGCAGUUAGUGAUUUGGACCAUCUGCUCUGAAAUUUAAUUUAGUAAAAUUGAAGAAGUGAAUGGUUUAUUCCUGGUUGCCCCUAACUGAAAACAUACUUGGAAUUGGGAGAGGCAGUGGAGAGUUCUGGUUAUUAAGUCACAACUGUUGAUUUGGCCAUAGCCUGGUAUCUUACCCUGGUUUUCAGUAGUGUCAUUUUGAAUUUAGUCAAGUAGUCUGAGUCUCUGUCAUGCUGUAUGUCAAGAUUUUAUUUUAGUUUAUAAAUCUUUAAACGGUAACAUAUGUCCUGUCUGACUUGUUUAGCUUCAAAUUUUCAAUGUUUUGGCCAAGUUGUCUGUCCAUUUACUGGGUGAUCUUGUUUUACACUCUGGCUGAGUUAGCAACAAAACUUCACUAAAGAAUUUCUAAAAAUUUCCUUGUACAACCACUUAAUGUGAACAAAGUAUGCAGUGAUAUGUUUUAUUUUCAUGAACUCUAGACAGAUUUUCAGGCAACACAGGACUCAAAGAGUGUCUUAGUUGCAAAUGACUGGGUAUUAUGUAUAUUCUGGUCACUAAUGUUUGAGCAGUAAUCUGCUCAAAAUGGACUAGCUAGCUAUUGAGGGGUGGGAUUCUGUGUCUAGCACCUUGCAAAAUAAGUGAACACAUUGGGUGAUAGUGAAGAAAGAUGAGGUGAAGUGCACGGUUUUUUGCUUCACUCCUGGGCUGAUAUUUGAAACAUUGUUGGAAUAAAUCUUCAAAGUACAUUACACAAUUUUGAAUCUAGUAGGCAUUACUUUAAAGCGUUAUAGUGAAGAUGACGAAUUUAAAUUAGUCAGCAUUCUUUUAAGAAUUAAACUUCAUCUGAUCAUUUUGUGACUCUCUCUCCCAGUGAGAUGGAGAAUAUGCAUAAUCUAGAACACUGAUAAUGGAUGGUCACACGCAUACUCAGUCUGGUUUAACUUUCCUUGGGUGUUUAAGCCUAACACACAUUUGGUCUGUCUUUUAAAUUAUUGCUUGGGUUUAAUACUUGCCAAUCUCUGGAGUAACUUUUAGUAAUUCUGUAUGGAAAUCCUAUGUGAGCAAGUCUUUAAUGGGUGCAUGUGUUAAUGGUGGAGAUGACUGAAUACAGUAAAACUGCAUUCUAGUCCAGUUAGGACUGAUUUUAAAAUGAUUACCCCAUGGGUCUUUUUGCUUGCAUUAGCUGAAUUCGCAGCCUUAUUGAACCUUUGUGGGGUGAGGAUAGAGAAUGGAAAAUAAAGUUAGGAAAUCUUUGAGUGAUUUUAGUUUUAAUUUUGUAAUGGGACAUUGAACUUAUAAUAUAACCAUGGCUGAUCUAAUGGGAGAGAUGUCCUGGUGUGUACAUUUCCUUUUUCCCAUCACAGCCAUUUUCCUGGAAGGUAUAUGUACUUAAACUUCAGUCUUGUACCCUUCAGAGAAAAAUAGAUUGUCAAUUUAGUGAUUUUAGAUGCAGGGUGGCGCUUAGAUAGAAUUCUUGUGGUUACCACUCUACAGAGAUAGGAGCAAAAUGUAAUGGGAAGUACCUCAAGCUGUGCAACUUGAAGUCUCAUUAGUUCUGUGUAACUUCUGAUGCCCUUCCCUCCCUCUUAAUGUCCCCCUUUUCAUAAUGUGCAGCUUGUUUCAAAGAGUAUAUCGUACUGAUCCUCACUACAGCUGACCAUGUUUUGGAGCAAUCAUUUCUGCCGAUAUUUACGUUCCUUUCCUCUUCCCCAGGUGUCUCUCACCUCUCCCAGUAGAAUGUGCUUAAAAUCUGUGUUUUCAAGCAAAAAAAACUUCUCUUUAAAGUGGCAGAUUUUAUGAUGUACCAAUUCCCCCCACCCCAAAAAAAAACAGCUUUAAAUCUCUCUACAAAUCUUCGUGUGACUCAUUUGGGACAACACCCACAGAUUCUUGUCCUUUACAUUUAAGAGGGAGGUAUCCAUUUUUAUCCCUUUAACUGUGUCUAAAUAUUAUAUGCAUUUGAUUUAUCAGUCCUCAAUAUGUAUAUUCAUUACUUUUGGAUGAAUACAGUUCUUAUCUCUGCCACCUUCCACAUCCUCCUUUCUGCAUUCUAAGUGGAGUACACUGAAAAUGGUUGUUUGAAUACUUAUCCAUGUGGAUUAACCCUCUAAAAGUCCCAUGCAUUUUCUGGUCUCACCACAUGCUCUCUUAUGCAAAAUAGUUUGGGGUGGGCAAUCAGCUGUUGAUGUGUCUUCCCAAAUAAGUAGCCACUUUGCUUAAUGAUCCAGCAUUUGGUUAGUCACAUGUUUCUGUUAGUAUAUUAAUCAAAAGCUACAUGUACACUGUUUUGUUCCACCUUACCCUUGUCUUCUCAGAUGCAGAUUUGAACCUGUUCCAGGAUGGCUUGUAUUUUGCUCUAGUCCUAAAUGUGUGCUGCAGUUUCACAGCUUGUAGAACUUUAUGACCCCUUAUUAUCAGGUUCUUGCCCUCUGAUAGAGAUAUGGAUGUGAGAGCUUGAUUCUCCAAUUCCUAAUAUUUGUUGAGGGUAAAUUGUGCCCCCUGAUAUGGGGGGGGGGUUGGGGUAGGUGCUUAGUGAUUUCAAUCCUGUCAUUGUUAUCUCCCAUGGCAACCAUCAAGAACUCCACGGUCAAAAUGAAUCUGGAGUCAGAUCCAUCAGAAUACUUUGCCAUUUUGUAAAACCGGUGCGUUUCCAUUUCAACAGCUUUUGAUUUGUUUGUUUCCUUUUGCAUAUAAAGGUUCUGGUGAUGGUAAAUGUAAGAAUUGGAACAAUUCUCUUCAUUUAAUUUGUUGUCUGGCUCCUUUCCAAUAUUUUGCUCACUUAGCCAGCUAACACACAAUUUGCAAUUUCACCGGUGCCUAUUUUAAUGAGAUUUCUUUCAGGUUUGCAGACGAAUAUAUUUAAAAUUACCUUGGAGAAUUUUUUUGCAGGUUAGAUUUUAUUUGAGUCAUUCUAUAUAUAGUGUUGGAAUGCAGUUAAAUAUGAAUCCUGCUGCAGAUAAUAGUUGUGCCAUUUGGGGAAUGAAGUGUAUUUUUAUCCUGCUUGGAUGCAAACUUCUGUAGAAAAUUCCUUUAACCACCUAACGAUCUCACAAGCUAUCUGUUAACUAUUAUGCAAGUCUCUGAACGCAGUCUUCAAUUGUCCAUUAUGUGGGUGGGGGGGGGGAUCUAUGAUAGAGGUACUGCUCUAGUAUUCAUUAUGCCUUAAGAUAUGGAAUUUAUUUUUUUAAAAGAUUAUUUAAACUGCAUUAUCUAAAGUAUAUGUGUGGCACUAUGGUGUGUACCUGCUGAAAGGGGUGGUCUGCUGUGAAUGGGGCUCUCGAGAUGACUACUAAUACCAUCAGUGUAUAACUGCUUCUCCUUAUCAAUCCACUCAAUAGGCCAUUCUUAAUUUCUGCACUUCCUUCGGAAGUUCAGGAAAGGAGCUAGAACUUUGUCUUAAAUAGGUAGGUUGAGGUUGUACCUCAGCUUUUUAUUUCUGUACCCAUCGUUUAAUGAAGAGAUUUUGAAAUUGAUACCUAUCCAACGUGCUUAGAUUGUUGGCUCCCUUUCCAAUCAGUCUUGCUUAUCUCUCCUGUCAGGGAGCUUAAGUUACUUGUGAGUGGCAUCAUGACAGUUUAAAAGCUGCUUUCAGCACCAGUGGAGUGGAAAGACAAAAUUUUCACUAUGUUUCAAGUUGCCAGCAGGGGUUGCCAAGUGUGGUGUAACACUAUUCGACUGUAUCGGACCAUUACUUAUCAGAGAAACCGUUAAUGAUUAAUACUCUGCCAGUUUAAACUGCUUUAAUUUUUUUGCUUGAUACUGAAUCUGUAAUGUAUUGUUCUGAUAAAGCACUGUAUACUCUAAUCUAUUUAAAUAUAUAAAACAAGAACCAAAUAAUCAUUUUCUGCAAGUAUAAAUCUGCCAAACUACUGUUUAGCAUUUGAUAAAUUUUCUAACAUGACCUGUUUCAGCGCUCUGUUUAUAUUAUUUAUAAUGUUUAAUGAUAUGAUUUGGGGUGAUUGAGGGGGAAAAUAUGGGACCCAGUCCAGAGUGGUUAGAUAAGCACGUGGAUGAAAGAAAAAUGAAGGGCUGUGUAGGAAGAAAGGGUUAGAUUGAGUAGGUUUAAAGGUCAGCACAACAUCAUGAGCUGAAGGGCUGUAUUGUGCUAUGUUCUAUGGUUUUUGAGCCCAUUGUUGGGGUGAUGGCCUUGCUCCAUCACACCAGAGCCCUUGACAAGAUUGGAGCCAAUCCUGGGCAAACCAUGAUCAAUUAUCACCUUGAGAUAGAGAGGCUUGUGUGUUCCUGAGAUAUCAGGAGCGAUGCCAUCUGCAGUUUAGUCAUCUGAUGCAUAGCUCUGGUAGGGAGAAAGGUGGAGGUUCCAGACAAAGAGUGAUCAAACCGAGACUUUAACAGUGGAGCUGGUGGAAGAUGAUGGCACAUCACAAUGUGGUAUAGGCAGAGGAGGGCUGCAGCAGCGAAGGGUCCCCUGUCAUCUCGCAUUCUAUGCCACUGAACCCUGACCCCGACCCCGAUAUGUCAAGGACUAUGUAGUGGCUGACCGUGCAUCAGCCUCCCAAUGUUAAAGUCAUACAUGGGCAUUCUUCACUAGGGCACCAAUAGACAACCUCUUAGGAGCACAUCUUACUCAACUCAAAUGAUCACACUACUCCUGCUUAAUUGUUGUUAACCUCAAACACUGCCAAUCUUAGAUUCUUGUCCAGAAGUGCAGGAUAUGUUAGCAGAUCCUGAAGUAUUGCACAGCUCUGAGGAACAAAUGACUGAUCCUUUCCCGUUAGCUCUUACUUAUUCCUACCAGAUUUGUGUCGACAGCAGAUCUGGACACAUUGUGCUUGGUUUUCUCUAAACUAUUGAUCCCAUCUCAGCAAGUUCUAGACCCCCAUCACUAUGGGUGAGGGAGAAAUGCUCUAUCUCUCUUACUUACUCUGUCAGCCUCCCUUGUCCCCAUAAUUGUAUACAUACUAAUUAAAUGGCUCCUUUGCUUCAACUUCAUCCUUUCCAAUUUUUGUUCAAAAUUGCAAAUUUUCCUGUUCUGGCAACAUCCUUAUAAACCUCAUCUGCAUCCUCCCAACUUCCCUGUAAUGUCCUGACUAGAACUAUUAGUAGUAAUUGUGUAUAGUGAAUAGUAGUACUUGGUUAGCAUGGAUGAGUUGGGCUGCAGGACCGGUUUCCAUGCUGAAUAAUAGACUACUCAAGCUCUAUUCAGUCCUCUCAUAGACGUUGCUUGUCAUGGUUUGUUCUGUGCCUUGACAAAUAUAAACAGAACAUCUAUAUGCCCUAUUUAACCACCACUUUGACCUGUACUACCACUAAGGAUUAGUGGAAGCAGAUCCCAAUAUUCUUUUUCUUCACUUUUCAAUCCCAGGAGUGGUGGUAGAAGGAAAUAUAGAGAGGUCAUUUAAGAAACUCUUUAAAAAGACAUGGAUGAUUGAAAAUGGAGGUCUAUGUGGGAGGGAAGGUUUAGGUUGAUGUUAAGAGUAGGUUAAAAGGUUGGCACAACAUCGUGGGCUGAAGGGCCUGUACUGUGCUGUAAUGUUUGGUUCCAUGAUAUUUAUUGUGUAUUACCCCAGGUUUUUUAAAGAUUGUUUCAUUUGCCAUUUUUAUGCCCAGCAGAGUAGACCAGCUACACUUUCUUGCAGUAUAAAGUUUAAAAAUAUAUGCCACAGUAACCACACAGCCAAGUUUAUAUCACUGCGAAUUAAUCUAACAUUUCUCUUUUACUUCGAAGUCAUAUUGUACUGAACUCUGUACAAUAUAUAAUUGAAAUAAUCUCAGAGUUACUAAAGCUGCAGAGCUAACUUUGGAUCCAAUUUGAUGCUUUCCCAUGAUUCCAGCGGGCUGUUACUUUGACCAGUCUCUAAUUUUGGAACUUGUCAAAUAUUCUGCUGAUGUCCAUGUGGGCCAUGUCAAACACACUGCCAUCAUGAAUUAUUGUUGCCUCAAAGAAAAACAAAACCCAUUACAAAUCGAUUGCUGCUCUAAACGCCAGUGGCGUAACAGGCAGUAACUAACUAACUUAUAAAUCCAUGAUUAAUUGCUGCCCUUCUAAAUGAAGAUUUAUCCCAUCCAUACCAACAUAGAUACAAAUGCAAAGAAGGUUAUUUUUCAAUAGGAGCUUGAGGAGAUUUGGUGUGUCACCAAAGACUAACAUAUUUCUAUUAAUGUACCAUUGAGAGCAUUCUAACUAAUUGCAUCACAGUCUGGUAUUGAGGUGCCAUUUAUUAGGAUUGGAAGAAGCUGCGGAGAAUUGUAAACACAGCCGGCACUAGCAUCACCACCAUCAAUGAAACCUUCAAAUCAGCACUUCAAAAAGGCAGCAUCCAUUAUUAAGGAACUCCACCACUUGGGAUAUGCCCUCUUCACACUGCUACCGUCAAGGAGGAGGUACAGGAGCCUGAAGGUGCACACUCAACAUUGUAGAAAUAGCCUCUCCUUGUCCUGAUAAAGGGCUUCUGCUGGAAACAUUGGCUCCUUACUCCACUCCACAGAUGCUGCCUGACCUGUUGAGUUCCUCCAGCAUUGUGUGUUCUCCUCCUCUGCCAUCAGAUUUCUGAAUGGUCCAUGGACACUACCUCACUAUUUUGUUCUCUUUUUGCAUGACUUAGUUUUUUUUUAUAUAAACGCAAGAAAUUCUGCAGAUGCUGGAAAUCCAAAGCAACACUCACAAAAUUCUGGAGGAGCUCAGCACAUUGUGCAGCAUCUAUGGAAAUGAAUAAACAGUUGUUGUUUUGGGACAAGACAGUUCGCACUAAAACGUCAACUAUUUAUUUCUAUUGAUGUUGCUUGACUUGCUGAGUUCCUCCAGCAUUUUGUGUGUGUUGCUAUUUUUAUAUACUUAUUGUAACAGUAAUUUUUAAAUGUAUUCACUGUACUGCCACAAAACAACAAAUUUCAUGACAUAUGCCAGUAAUAAAUGAACAGUCUGAUUGAUUAGUAUGGCUUCUAAUAAUCUGCCUAACACCAAGGCUAUGCAGGCAUGUGAUUGAUUUUCCCCUUCCUACUCCUGUUUUGAACAACUUUAGCUGUCCAAACCUCUGGUGACAUUCCUGUAUCCAAGGAUGAUCAAGAAAUUGGUUGAAAACUCUCCAAUUCCAGCCCUAGCCUUGCUGGGUUUUUUUUUUAACAGCCAAGGGUAUAUUUCAUUGGAGCCCUAUCAUACUUGUUUUUUUAAGUAUAUUCAUUCAGUUCAACAGUUUACUCCUGCUUGCCUAACUAACAUUGGCAUCAACCCGGCUGUGAAGAUGGAUUGCAAAAUAGAACCUUGCCCACAUUCUCUGCUUCCACAUAAGUUACCAUUUUGGUCCUUAUCAGAGCCUAUUCAUCCAUAUCCUUAAAGUCUUUUUUUAAUCACUCCAUUUACUUUUGUAAUUUUCCUUUUAAUUUCACUCCUACUUGCUAUUCUUCCUGGCUUUUGUCUAAGGCCUAGAUGAGUUAAAUAUCAUAAUUGCUGUGGUAUUUAUGACACUGACGCUAAGGCUUUAGUGCACCUGUUUUAAUUUAUAUUCUGCCUGGCAUUUUAACUAAAUUUAAAAACAAGACAAUGCUGGAAACAAAUGGAAUUAACAUUUCCCAUCAAUGCUACUUCAAUAGAACUAGGAAUUGUUGAGCAUUUCAUGAAUAUAGUAUUUAGACAUAGUUCAUAAGUAUUGAAGGAGUCUAUAAAUUGCUCCAGUCUUUAUUUGUCUUCUGUCUCUUGAGUCAAUUUUGUAGCAUGAAACCAGGCCCUUUGGCCCUCCGAGUCCUUACUGUCCAACAAGUAGUUCCACUUUAUUCUCCCUAUAUCCUAACGACGGGAAACUUGUGGUGAUCAAUUAACCCACCCACCCGCACUUCUUUGGGAUGUCGGGGGAGAGGAGUGCCACACAUUUAUAGAGCGAAUGUGAUAAGUUCUCACAAACAGCACUGAAGGUCAGGCUUGAACCUGGCUCACUCCAAUUGUGAGGCACUGGCUCUACCAGCUGUGUCCACUCCACUUCCUCUGGCAGCCCUCCAUCAUAAACCAAACUGAUACUGCUUGUGGAGUUUCUUCAGAUUGGAUAUUUUUAAUCAUUAAUUAUCCAUGCCCACUUCCCCUUCUUAACUCUUCUAAAACAAGUAUUAUCCAACCAUGACCAUCUGCAUCCUUUUGUGUAAUGUCUUAUCAUGCAACUGUUAACGAUGAAAGUUAAUGGAGCAUUCUUUUAGGCUGGCUGUGAUGAACAGGCAAGAACUCCAUCAAGCUGUUGUCAAGAGAAACAUCUUACUCAAGUUUUGAUAGAGCACCUAGUUUUCCCAUUUUGAGUGUAGUGGUACACACAAAAUGCUGGGGGCGGGGGUACUCAGAGGGCCAGGCAGCAUCUAUGGGAAAAAAAGAAGUACAGUCAACAUUUCAGGCUGAAACAUCAACUGUACUUUUUUCCCCAUAGGUGCUGCCUGGUCUGCUGAGUCCCUCCAGCAUUUUGUGUGUGUUGCUCAGUUACCAUCUGAUUUUUCUCUUGUUUGUGAUUUGAGUGUAGUAAUGGCCUUUUUGUGCCCUGCGCUCUUGUUUUUCAAUGUAUAAAUACUACCUCAGCCAACACUGAGGUUGGGUAGCAUUUACUUUAAUUUUAAUUGGAAAUUCAGAGCGGUAACAGGCCUUUCCAGCCCAACGAGCCCAUACCCCUCCCCCCCCCAAAUGACACCCAUGUAAUCAAUGAACCUACUAACUCCCAUGUCUUUGGAGUGUGGGAGGAAACACCAAACUUGUAGGAACAGUUCGGGAAGGAUUACCCCUCAACCAUCAGGCUCUUGAACCAAAGGGAAUAACUUCACUUGCCUAUCAUUGAAAUGUUCCCACAACCCAUGGGCUCACUUUCAUUGAUUCUUCAUCUCAUGUUCUCAAUAUGUAAUAUGUAUUGCUUAUUUAUUAUAAUAAUUAUUUCUGUGUUGUAUUUGCACAGUUUUGCGUUUUGCAGACUGGUUGAACACCCAUGUUGGUGCGGUCUUCCGUUUAUUCUGUUAUGAAUUUGUUGAAUACACCGGCAAGAAAAUGAAUCUCAGGAUUGCAUAUGGUGCCAUCUAUAUACUUUGAUAAAUUUACUUUGAAAUUUGAAACCUACAGGGUCAAUGGGAGAAUAGUACAAGCUCCUUUCAGAGAGUGGUUGGAAUUGAAACUGGGUUGAUGGCACUAAUAGCAUUACGCCUAACCAUUAUGCUUCUGCAAUGCUACUUCAGAAGUCAAUAAAAUUAAUCUGUUAGCCCCAAUUUCUUUAAACCUUGAGCAAUAAUGACCCUGAUAAAAGGCCGUUUAUCAUCAUUCCAUCAUCAUGAACUUGGCAAAAGACCAUUCCAUCAUUACUACUGAAAGCUUUGUUUUUGAUUUCAACAUUGUUCUGAUGAUCCCAAAAGCUUCAUGGUGAAAGUACAGGGUGUAACACACUUGGUGUGUAAUUUCAUGGUGUGCCACACGCUCAGUGAGAGAAUUUUUUUAAUCUAUCCAGGAUUUAGUGAUGGAGAUUUAUUGACAUUUUACCACAAAUGCCAAAUGCCAACUUUUUAAUUAUAAGCUAUUUUAAAAUAAAGACAGCUUUAGCUAAUACCGUUGGCACAGAACCACAUCUUCAAGCUUCCCCCCAAGUUUUGACAAAAUGUCUUCAUGCUGAAGUGGUGAUGGUUUCUCUUUGCACAGAUGUUGCCUGAACUGAGUGGUUUUCAAGCAUUUUCUGAUUGUUUGAUUUUAAUUUCAGAUUCAGAAUCACUUAUUCAUUGUACAUCGACACACACAGUACUAGGUGUAGCCCACCAAGUGUCACCACACAUUCUGGUGUCCACCAUGCCGGCGAUGUUUAGCAGAGCAACAACAACGAAAUAGAUAUCUAGCAAUAUGCAGGUUUUCACAUUUUGGUUCAGACUCUCUGCUCUUGGCCAUGUUGUCCAAACUCGUAUUUCUCUUUAUCUUAAGAGUAGAUUAUAAGGUCAGCACAACAUUGUGGGCUGAGGGACCUGCAAUGUACUGUUCUGUUUUCUGUUGCGCAAGAUGUUGGUGAGGCCAAAUUUCGAGUAUUGUGUGCAGUUUUGGUCACUCUCCGACAGGAAAGAUAUCAGUCAAUUGGAAAGAGUGAAGAGAAGAUUUUUCAAGACUGUUGCUGGAACUUGACCUGAGUUAAAGGGUUAGGAAUUUACUCACUGGAGUGUAAGAGAAUGAGGGGAGAUAUGAUAGAGGUAUACAAAUUAUGAGAGGUAUAGAUAAGGUAAAUGCAAGCAGUCUUCUUCCACGAAGGCUAGAACUAGAAGUCAUGGGUUAAGGGUGAAAGGUGAAAUAUUUAAGGGGAACCUGAUGAGUUCCUUCACUCAGAGGGUGGUGUGAGUGUGGAACAAGCUGCCAGUGGAAGUGGUGGAGUUGGUAAAAUUGCAACAUUUAAGAAAAGUUUGGAUAGUGAUAUGUUUUGUAACUCCAAAAGCGAAUUGGAAAAAAAACAUGGGGAGAUACGUGUGUACUUAAUUUCUUUUCUUUAGUGAGGCGCACACAUGAUGUGUUGGUGUAAUGAUGUAUGCCAUUCACGAAUGUACAGUACAUGUAACCCAUAAUGUAUUAUGUAAACAAUGCUUAAAUAUAUUUACAAUAUUACUCAAAUAUUACUGAAAUAUUGGAUCCAGUACUCUCUUCCCUGCUUAAUUAUAAAUUCCAACUCAAUACAGAAUACAUCUCAACUCAAAUAUGCUCUCUAGUCAUUACAGUGCCCAUAAAAAGUA